AUGCAUGAGAUCCGGGAUCUCGUGGUCCCAAAGUUCGUCACCGUGAAGCGAUUCCUGUGCAGCUCGGCCAGUGGCAGAAUGAUCGAGGAAGGCAGUAAACGAGGCAAGGCCAUGGUGGAGAAGAGACAGCUCUUCAUGGAAAUGAGAGCUCAAAACUUUGACGUGAUCAGACUGUCGACUUACAGGACUGCCUGCAAGCUCCGAUUUGUGCAGAAGAGAUGCAACCUUCAUCUGGUGGACGUCUGGAACAUGAUCGAAGCCUUCCGAGACAAUGGCCUCAACACGCUGGACCACAAUGCGGAGAUCAAUAUGUCGCGGCUGGAGACCAUUCUCUCCUCCAUCUACUACCAGCUCAACAAGCGGCUGCCCACCACCCACCAGAUCAAUGUGGAGCAGUCCAUUGGGCUUCUGCUCAACUUCAUGGUGGCCACCUACGACAGCGAAAGCCACGGCAAGCUGACCGUUUUCUCAAUGAAAGCCAUGCUGGCAACGAUGUGUGGAGGGAAAAUAGUGGACAAACUGCGCUAUAUUUUCUCACAGAUCUCUGACUCAAGUGGAGUCAUGGUGUUUGCUAAGUUUGACCAGUUCCUGCGGGAGGUGUUGAAACUCCCCACAGCCGUUUUUGAGGGCCCCUCAUUCGGCUACACGGAGCAUUCUGUGCGGAUGUGCUUCCCUCAGCAGAAGAAGAUAAUGCUGAACACGUUUUUGGAUGUGCUGAUGGCAGAUCCUCCACCUCAAUGUCUUGUUUGGCUUCCCCUCAUGCAUCGACUUGCUAAUGUCGAAAACGUCUUCCAUCCGGUGGAAUGUUCUUAUUGCCGGAGCGAGAGCAUGAUGGGUUUCCGGUACCGGUGCCAACAGUGCCAUGGCUACCAGCUCUGUCAGAGCUGCUUCUGGCGUGGCCAUGCCAAUGGUCCCCACAGCAACCAGCACCAGAUGAAGGAGCACUCGUCGUGGAAGUCUCCUGCCAAAAAGCUGAGCCACGCGAUCAGUAAAUCUCUGGGCUGCGUCCCCAUUGGAGAGCCGCCACAUCCUGUGUUCCCCGAGCAGGCCGAGAGACCCCAAGAGCUCCCCCACACCGUAGGUAAGUCUGACGCCUCGGGGCUGCUCCUCCGUUUUGAGCUCACCUUGGUGGGAGAGGGCGUGGGGCCGGGCGGACCUGGUGAUAUGAUGAGCGGCGGACAUGUCUCACUCUGGCCGCCCAAACCGGUGGCCAACAACAUGAACGACACAUUGCUCAUGUCCUCUGGGGCGCCCACACCUACUAAAAGUGUCUUAGAGAGUCCCAGCCGGCUGGACGAGGAGCAUCGCCUCAUCGCUCGAUACGCGGCCCGCCUGGCAGCUGAGGCAGGCAACUCCACGCAACCGUGUCCUCCCACAGAUCUGAGUUUCAACUUUGAUGCCAACAAGCAGCAGAGGCAGCUGAUCGCUGAGCUAGAGAACAAAAACAGGGAGAUCCUGCAGGAGAUCCAGAGGCUGCGUUUGGAGCAUGAACAGGCCUCUCAGCCAACACCAGAGAAAGCUCAGCAGAACCCCACGCUUCUGACUGAGCUGCGCCUCCUCAGACACAGGAAAGAUGAGCUGGAGAGACGCAUGUCUGCCCUGCAGGAGAGCAGGCGGGAGCUGAUGGUGCAGCUGGAGGGCCUGAUGAGGCUGCUGAAGGAUGAGGAGCAGAAGCAGGCUUCCCAGUCUGGAGGCUCCCCUCAUUCUUCUCCCAGUCAUGGUGCAGGCUGCUCCAUGCCCAUGCCCAUACGCUCCACCUCGGCUGGGUCCACUCCAACCCACACCCCCCAGGACUGCCUGGCAGGAGUGGGGGGUGAUGUGCUAGAGGCCUUCUCUCAGGGUGUACCUAGAAAUCUUCGGAACGAUCUUUUAGUUGCUGCUGACUCGAUCACAAACACCAUGUCAUCCCUGGUGAAAGAGCUGCACUCAGUAGAUGACGGGGCAGAGGAAGAGGAGACCAACAUGAGGAAUGGUGGAGACAGAGUGAGAAUACAAAAGCACUGA